AUGCGGUGGUCUCUGCCCAAUAUACCCUAUCCGCCUGAGACGGAUGGAUACUGGAGCCCCGUCACCUCGACAUUGAACUGGUGUGAGGAGGAUUACUAUGUCACAAUAUACUCCGCAGAGAUUGUCAAUGCCUUGACAAACCUUUUGUUCAUGUGGCUCGGAGUGAGAGGCAUCCAGAGCUGUCGUCGAAAUGGACAUGACCAGAUCUUCCUGGUUGCUUUUCUAGGCUACCUAGUAGUCGGCACGGGCAGUUUCCUGUUUCACUCCACCCUGACCUACCCAAUGCAAUUGGUUGAUGAGCUCUCCAUGAUCUAUACGACCUGCUUGAUGGCUUAUGCGUCCUUCUCGUAUACGCGCUCAGUAGGCUUUCGGAUCGUUUUAGCCGUGUUCCUCACCAGUCUAGCAGUCUUCAUCACGCUUUACUACCACUAUCUUCAAGACCCAGUCUUCCACCAGAAUGCUUAUGCGUUGUUGACCACGGUCGUUGUCUUCCGCAGCAUGCAUACGAUGGAGACCACACUGCGUCCGAAAUGGCGCCACUCCCGCGAAGAGGAUCGUCUUGAACGUGAGAAGAAGGGUCUCCCGGUGCCGACCAAGGAACGCCAGCGGUUUGAGAAUGAGCGGGAUCUGAAGACGCUCAAGACUAUGUGGUUUAUGGUUGUGUACGGAUUGUCUAUGUUUCUGGGAGGCUUCUUCAUCUGGUUUCUCGACAAUCAAUACUGCUCGCGAAUUCGCUCGUGGCGCCGGACCGUGGGAUUACCGUGGGGCGUCUUCUUGGAAGGCCAUGGGUGGUGGCAUAUCAUGACUGGGAUUGGCGCAUAUUUGUACAUCACCUGGGGGAUUUGGCUGCGACACUGUCUCAAUGGGCGACAGGAUGACUUCCACUUGCGAUGGGCACACUUUUGGCAUAUUCCGGAAAUCAUUCGAACAAAUCCCCUCUCUGAGAAUGGAGUCUCUCGCGCGAAGAAGUCAACUUGA